CCCAAAACCUACUGUUCACUUCCUGCAUUAAUCAUAUCGAAGAUGAGCAGUUUUCAUGUUGCGUUGAAUUUUGGCGGUGUUAAACUAGACCCAUUAUAUUCUCGGUGAAUCAUUUUGCUGGUUGAAGACAGGAAAUUUUGUCGAUGGAGGCCGUGGCGAAAUAUAAGUUUACUGCUUCUCAAGAUGACGAACUCUCCUUCGAAAAAGGCAGCGUUCUGAAUAUCUUAGACAAAGAUGAGGACAGAAAUUGGUAUAAAGCAGAACAAAACGAUCAAGAAGGUUGGAUUCCAAACACCUAUAUAACGAUGAGACCUCACAGCUGGUUCCAUGGUAAAAUAACAAGAAGACAAGCAGAAGAAGCACUUCUGCAGGUCCAACAUGAAGGUGCCUUUCUCAUCCGAGAGAGUGAGAGCUCACCAGGAGACUUCUCUCUGUCUGUUAGAACUGGUGACCAUGUUCAGCACUUCAAAAUUUUUAAAAAUGAGGAGAGGAAGUACUAUUUGUGGAUAAGAAAGUUUUCAUCUCUCAACAUGUUGGUAGAGCACCACAAAACAAACUCAGUCAGCAACAAUCAACAAAUAUUCCUCAGUGAUACAGACUUAAGAGAUGAGAUGGUGCAGGCCUUGUUUAAUUUUGCUGCGCAAGACACAGAUGAGCUGAGUUUCACGGCAGGUCAGUGGAUAACAGUGUUGGAUAAAAGUAAUCCUGAUUGGUGGAAGGGACAAGUCAAUGGAGCUAUUGGAAUCUUUCCUUCAAACUAUGUAACUGCCCCAACACCUAACCAAACAUAAAUAGAAUAGAAAUCAAACAUUCAGGGCCAGUUAUUUUAACAAAAUUAAACUUAGAAAGCAGCCUUAGACAAUCAAUCAAAUGAAAGAUUCUUUAUAGGUGAUAGCUGUUCAAAAUCGAU